GAGAAGGAACAAAACCAAAGGAAACAGAAAGGACAAAUCAAGACAAGACCAACACAAGACAAGAAGAAAAACAUGAACAACUGGGUUCAUUGGACGUAGUAGAUGGGAAGACAGGACGGCAGGAAGGAAGGAAGGAAAAAAGUUUUCAGUGGACUGCCAUAUCGGGGUGAACUUGUAUUUUCCAAGUCAGGAGUUGCAGUAAUUUGAUGUUCUUUGUCCGCGCAGGCUUCCCUUCCUGAACCAUGGGCAGUUGCUUGGCAUGCUGUCGGGGCAACGGGAGUGUACGAGCGGGAUCUCUGUCAUGUUUGGUUUGCGCAGUCAUUUCUGUAAAUUCUGUAAAAUCACAGCAACAAAUUCAUAUUUUUGGUUCGUUCCUCGAUUGACCGCAGCACAACCACUUGAGGCAGCCAGAGAUGGUCCACGUUGGUAUUUUCACAAUCAGGUCACUGGAGACGCUCAAUGGCAACAUCCUUUGCGUCCCGUAUUCAAGGAACUUACCACAAUCUGCUCAGAGGUCAUAGCCAUGAGCCCGAAGGAGCGCUCCAAGCACCUCAACAAGCUUCACGCUCAGUGGACCGAGACAACCAAGCAGGAUCUGAGUCAGUGGCAGGAGUUUGUGAAGGACGGGAAGCACCAGUACUUCUACAACACGGUCACUCGGGAGCCUUCUCACUACCAUCCAAACACUACGGUGUUGCCCGCUCACAGCUGCAGACUCCAGGGGUUGGCAUUGCUGGACAGCCCAGGCUAUCUUGACCGCUUGCAGCAGCCGGCAGCUCCCAGUCCAAGUGGGCGAAGGAAGCCACAAGGCUCAGCAGUCCGCGUCCGUACCGCCCGAGCCAUUGAUAGGCUCAUCCUGGACAGUGAACAAUCCAGUGCCGAAAGCAGCACUUCUGAAGCAGGACGAAAAGGCAUGCUUCCACAAGGGCGGCACCUACUCUCGGAGGCUGCAAAGCGGAAGACCAUGGCGGGCGGAGGUUUACAGGUUCACCGCUGGAUGAAGGCGGACCGUUACGCUCAGUCUUGCUUGGGACUACAGCUCCAGGACGCCAUAGACCAAGAAGUCUUGGAGAUCCUUCGGCCUGUCUUCAAUCAGGAGCUCCCUUGGCCUUGGAUUGCGGAGGCUGAUCCAGCAGAGCGCAGCAUCUCAUUUCGGCACCGUAUUUCCGAGGAGAGGACCAAAGAUCAUCCGAUGCGAAGUGUUCAUCAACGCAUGGUUGACAUGCUGAAGAAGGUGAUUCCAGAGAUGCAGACCGAGGAUUUGAGGCCGGCAUUGCAGCAGCUGAUGGAGGGUUUGCAGCAAGGUGUGGCCUGUGGCGAGGGAGAGGAUGCUCAGGUGGAGGCCAG